GUUUAGAACCGAAAUCAAAAAUUACACAAAUGUUAAAAAAAUUAAAAAACAAUUCAGUUCAACGUAUUGUUAGAUGCUAAAAUACUCUUGGGUACUGUCCUAGGUUACCUCAACGGGUUUCCUAUUAAAUUUCCAUUUUAUGAUAAGGAAAUUGAGUGAAUUCAGCAUAAAAAAGUUUCUAUUCAAUUUAUGCUUAGACAAGCAGAUUUUUCGCGUGAAAAAAACAACCUUAGAUCCACUAUUUGGAUAUUUUACUUGGGGGCCUCAUUAGUUGCAUCAUGAGUUUUAAGUCCUAUGGUAGUCGAGAGCCCCUUGAUGUGAAUGGCUGGCUCAACCUGGAUGAUCUAGAUUAUGAACCAGACGACAAGGAAGUCAUUGUAGAAUCAGAUCAAGAACCAGACCAAAGCAAUCGAGAGUUUGAAGUAGCAUUUCCAGGCUCUCCUAAACAAUCCAUAGCAUCUCAACAUGACACAGCUUUAACAAGUUUCCGUGAUCAAUUAAGUUUUCUGAGACUUCAAAGCAAAGACUCAUUUCGUAGCAGAUAUUCAAACUUUGGAGGAAGUAUUAAUAACGGUUCAACUUUGUUGCUAGACUCAGACAGUGAAAAUGAGCCUGACUGUGAGGAUUAUGAUCAUUGCAACAACGAUUUGUCUGAUGAGGAACCAGAUAAAUCGUUUAGCUCCAGUUAUGGUUCAGAAAUACCAGAGGAUACAUUACUGUCGUCACCUAAAAGUUAUAUCCAAGAACCGAUUUGUGAUUCCAAUGAAACUGUUUUGGUUAAACCCAAGAGAAGUGCAUUUAAUAUCACCAUUCAAGUGUCUGGUAACGACAGGUUUUGUAUUGGCGUUUGUCCCCCGCCUGUUGGGGUAAAAAAGAAGCAGCAGAAGCCAUGGCUGACUACUAGGGGACUCAACUUGAGAAAGGUGAUAGUAAUAAAGUGUCCAGAUCAGUUAAAGUAUGUGCCACCUGAAGAUAAUUUGUCUGGAAGCGAAGGGACUAAGAGCGUUAGGACGAGUGCCUCGACAAGCAGUUCCAUAUUCAAAACUCCGCUAACGCGACCCCCAACCAGAACGAGAUCGAAGAAUCUUUCCGUAUGUCUGGACACGAAUUUAGGUACGAAAAUGGUCCAAGACAGAGCUUCGUCAACAGAACCAAAAGACGACAUUAUUUCCUUAAUAGCGAGCACGAAUAUCGAGGAAGAAGAAGAGAACGGAAAGCUGGCAGAAUUGAAAUCGGAGCCGGCAAGUUUGAGCGAGGACUCGAAAUUGGACCGGGUGGCUCAGUGGGUGGAGACUGAGGUGCAAAAUCAGAGACCACAGGUACCUAAUGUCUUAAAGGGUCUCUGCUUCAAAUUCUUCUUUCACAACAAGUGCCGCAACGGAUUGUGUACACGAGGCCACACGUUACCGCAACCCAAAAUAAAUCGGUUUUUUACGUUGUCUCAAGCGGAAUUAAAUGAGGCGUUCGAGUUUUCCAUUAAUUACCCAAUAUUAUUUAAUAGGGUUUGUCCUAUUUUUGCUGAGGUGUUUGCCAGAAAAGGUAGUAAGGAGGACUUAUUGAAGAUGAUACAAUUGAUUUUUGAGGCCAGUAGCAACCUGGUGACGAAUAAAGUUCAAAGUUUGAAGAAAAUACUGAACAAUCUUAAAAAAAUUGAUGAUAUUAGUUUUGAGGAGGCCGUUAAUUUUGUGCUUUUGGAACACGAUCUGGGACAUAAUAGAUUAUUAGGAGAGACUUUACUCGAAUUGAUCAUCGAAAUGAACACAACCAUACCGAAAAAUUGGCCGAUAUUACGGCGCCUGAUCGAGUCCGGUACGAAAAUCCCCAAACGAUUGGCCGAUCGAUUCCUCGUCAAUUUAAUGCGAGAUCCGAUCGAUUAUAAAGUGUGUCGCGAGGUCUAUCAACACAUUUUGAAGUUUAUGUGCCUCGAUUUGCCCGCAGUAUCUGGCGCAGUCAGAGCUCAGUUUUUGACGGUUAGCAGACAACAGGCGGACGUCCAAGAUCGACACGAUGUACCCGAAGAACUGGAGGCCAACAUCGAACAAAACCUAACGAAAGAACGUUUUAAUUUCGAAAAUAACCGGCUGCGCGUCCAAACGUUCUUAACGGCCAAAAAGCAACAGGCCCACUUUAGAGGUCCGGUGGUUCUAGAGAAUCCCAUUGGCAGUCGACUCGUCGAACCUGCGAACGUCAAUCAUAUCGAACCUCAGUUCGUUAUAGACACGGUAAAUCGGCCGGAUUUCGCUUCGUUAAGUCGACUCAGUGCUCAGUCUAGUAAUUACAGUCAUUUGGACGCGUGCAUGGCCAAUAAUACGGCCCUGUUUCGACAGCCACGUAAAGUAACUCCUCAGAACAACAGCAAUAAUAAACGAAGCCACUCUAGCAGCACAUUGAACAGCUCGGAAGACGAACAUCAAUCGAACGAAGGAAGUACCGAAUACAGCCCGAACCAGCCCCCGGGACUCACAACGUUAACUUACAACAGUCGGGGUCUAAGGUACGACCCGUUAGAAGAUUAUUGGCCGUUGCAGAAACGACGAAAGUCGAAAGAAAGGGAGCGGCACGAACAAGAGAUCGACUCGGAAUUCGAUCGGUUACGAUGGGGAGAAACACGAAGGGAGGAGACUGUAAGUUGCAAAGAACCGGUGUUGUCCUUUAGGUCUGCUCUGCCAAUAAAUAAUCGGUCUAGACACGGUAAUGGUGCGGAUUUGGUGUCGAGCAGUAGCGAUUUUGUCGCUCCGGUACCUCAAGUGGUUCCCGAUCAACCCACUUUUGGCCGUUUUCAAUUCAGCCCCAACUACAAAUUAAACGUCAGCCUGCACAACUUUUACACCGAACGAAUCGACAACGUGAACAUCGACGAGGAGGACGUGUUCGUUUUGAACGAUUGCGUAAAGUACGGACAGGGAAAAGUGUUUUUGGAUUUGGUCACUAAAUAUAGUGGUCCAGUUACCGUGCAAAAUUUCAUUUCCAUGGUGUUGGCCAACUUGAAGGGCUUGAAUCAGCUGGUCGGUCGGACUUAUAUGAAAUUAUUAGAUAGUAUUGGAGAGCACCAGAAUUUUUAUGGCAACCUAAACCUACGAGUAAUUUUAGAAGUAAUCACCAUGAAUGUAUUAUUUGAAUUUGAGAAGCAUAACAUAUUCGAGUAUGCCCGCGACUUAUUAACCAGGUUUCUAGAUUGGGACAGUUUAGUCACUUCUAGGUUGUUCAUCACGGACACACGUAUAGGAGUCUCGCUAGUCGGCAGAUAUCUGUUUAUAGCCAAACUACUGGUGUAUACGAAACCGGAAUUAACGUUUGAAAUCUUGGUGAGCCCUGCCCUUCACUUGUUGGAAGAUUAUUCAAAAUGGCCAUAUUAUCCGAGCAGUCCUAAUCCUAACGUCUUCAAGGCCGAUUUAGAAUCUCGAAAUGGGGUGUUAAAUAAGUUCUUCCAAAUUGGGUUUUUACAUAAUGUGGUUAUCGUUAUCGAACUGUAUAAAAAAGCUUUGAAAACAAACGAGGGAAUUUGGUGUUUCGAUGUAAGAAAGUAUGUUGAUCCGAUGGUAGCGAAACUGAUAAACGUUAAAAAAAUCGUUUUUUUAAAGCAAAUUUUGCCGGAACUCGCUCUAUUUCUCGAUUAUUUAGAGAAGGACACUCUAAGGGCGUGUGUUUGCUUAAUGGGUAGGCAUUUAAGCAAAAAGGACAUUUUUCGGUUGUACGACCAGUGCACAUACAAACAAGUUUACCAGCAGAUUCAUCAAGGCCAAUAUUUGGUUAAUACCAUUCUGAUCAGAACUGACAUGCUACCAGUGGAAAUCGAAUUAAUCAUUUUGUAUUAUUUCGAUAAAUUGUGGGAGGAAGGACUGUUGCCGUUCGGUUCAGAUUCUCUUUACAUUGAAAUUAAACUUCCAGGAAACUCGCCGCCUAAAUCGAAAUUCCCUUUACUCGAUUCGAACUGUAGCGUAUUUGAAAUGAAGCAGAAAGUCGAAUACGUGUUAAAAACCAAAUGCGGGGUGGACUGCAAGACGAUUAGCCCCGACGUGCUAAUGGUCGAAAGAGAUGCGCUGGUGAAUUAUUUUGGUGCCCAUCCGUCCUCUACCGAUGUUACCGCAUUGUGAUUUUUUUUUAAUUUACAAAUAUUAUUUUGUACAGUUUUUAAGCAAUAUUGUUACUGCGUUUUCUCUUAGUUUUAAGGAUCUACCUUAUUUUUUUAUCAGAUUUAUUUAAUGUUGCUUAAAUCCGAUUUUUAGAUGAUCAAUUUGUUUGUUUGUUGGUUAUUGCAACAAAAUUGAGUCUCGAUUUACGAAUUUUGUUACUUUUUAUAGGAAUAAACAUUAAGUUUUAUA